AUGGCAGCAAUUCCGGACCGGGCUCAGGUGAAGGCUGCCAAGCUGGUGUCCGAGUCGGCCAGAGAGCGAGAGACGUUUGAAUACUCUUCGUCUCUGCUCAGCGCCGUCAGGCUCAACGAAACCGGCAAGCCGACGCCUUCGUCUGAGCUCGCUACCGCCGACGACGUUAUUCUCACCGGCCUCGCCCAGCUGGGAGCUUUGCAGACGGGCACCGACAGGUCCCUCAUCUCGCUGUUCGACGCCCACCGCCAGUGCAUCGUCGCCGAAGCAACACCCACCCAGCGCCUAUAUCCAUCACUCAAUAGUGACGACUGUGACCGCCCCCUCUGGCUGUGUGGCUCUCGAUGCGGCCGAUGGGGAGACCCCAACCAGCUCCCUCUGACCAUUUCCCAUGACCUUGUUGGCGACCCCCGGUUCUCGGAAAAGCCGUACUGCCAGCCAGGCACUUUGGCUCGGUUCUAUGCGGCUGUACCGAUCCGAACUCGACGUGGAAUCAACAUCGGCGUCUACUGCGUCAUCAACGAGACACCAAACAAGACCUGGACUGAUGCCCACUCGCAGCAUCUACGAGACAUAUCCUGGGCCAUCAUGGACCAUCUCGAGGCACAGAGACUCAAAGUUGUGCAUAAGCGGGAUCUGCGAAUGAACAGAGGCUUGGGGUCGUUUAUCGAGGGCAAAGCUACCAUAUAUGGAGGGCAGAAGUCUUCACAUGAUCAACAGCAGGACAUACCAGAGGAUGAUCUCGUGACCGACUUGUCACCGAAAACGACAUUAACAGAUCCUAUAGACGCCUCAAGGCCAGGAAACGAAGCAAAUCUAAGCCCAAACGACGCCAUCUCUGGCCAUGAACGUCAAGACGAAAGCUCAAUGGUCAUUCUGUCAAAAGCUGCCAACAUUGUCAGAGAGUCCAUCGAGGUGGAGGGCUGCCUUUUCUUCGAAGCCCCGAUCCAGUCAUAUCUAUCACCGGCGGCGCAGAACAGCACCGCAACUGACGAUGGAAGCCAGUCGUCCGCCACGAGCAGUAGCGAUGAGGAUCUAGAAGCGAGGCGUCCAAGUAAGACUGCGUCGCAGUGUAGGCUCCUUGGCUUUUCUACGUCUACGGCAUCUAGCAUUAAUGGGGCUAUUCCAAGUCGGCCCUGCAUUUCGCUAAGAGAGAACUUUCUGUCCAAGCUUCUUCGGCGUUAUCCCAGGGGCCAGAUUUUUAACUUUGGCGCUGACGGAGAGUUACAAUCGGACUCUUAUUCUGAAAUAAAUCUAGCAGCGCCACGAGUGAAAAGCUCGGCGAGGCAGCUUGAGGGAAAGGCUCUCCUCAAGGCUUUCCCUGGUUCUCGGAGCAUAGGAUUUGUUCCUAUCUGGGACCCCAGGAAAGAUCGAUGGCAUGCCGGCGGAUUCAUCUGCACCAAGGACGUAGCUCGAAGUUUUUCACUUGAACAGGAAUUAAGUUAUCUGAGAGCUCUAGGGAUGCUUGCCAUGUCUGAAAUUCUGCGGUUCAAGGAUUUGCGGGCUGAUAAAGCAAAGACGGAUGCUCUUGGAUCGCUCUCACAUGAGCUUCGAUCCCCGCUGCAUGGAAUUCUGCUCAACGCCGAACUGCUAAUUGAUACCAAGCUCGACAUCUUUCAGGGCAACGUUGCCCACACUAUUGAAACUUGUUCCCGCACACUUCUUGACACAGUGGACCACCUCCUUGAAUAUUCCAGAAUAAAUCAUCUGUCCGGACGAGAUGACAGGGCGCUCAGUUUGACGGCAAAUGGCCUCGAUUUGGGGCAAUUUGGCAAGAAAUCCUUGCUGCGCGACUCGCAAAUCGACCACAUUGUCGAAGAAGUUAUUGAGAGUGUCUUUGCUGGCUUCAACUUCUUACACUUGUCCGUCAAACAACUCUCUGACCAACACAGCGGAUCGAUCAAUAGCGAUGUGAAUGCGAAUCAUCACUCAGAUUCGCUGCAAGCAAUAGAUCAGCUCGAACCCUGGAUGACCAAGAACGGAGAGCUCAGGUGCAAUUGGGCGUAUUGUGUUGAUGUGGGAGCCAUUCGUCGCAUAGUCAUGAACAUAUUUGGCAAUGCUUUGAAGCAUACCAAACGGGGCACAAUUACAGUUUCACUUACGCAGGAAAUGGUUCGUCUUAGGGGCCGCAAGAAAGAGCGUGUUGUCAGAUUUACAGUACAGGAUACCGGCAAAGGCAUCGGCCCUGAUUUCCUCAAGCACGGGCUCUUCCGUCCCUUUUCCCAGGAAGACCCAUUAUCACCUGGCGCUGGGCUAGGUCUCAGUCUCGUGCAGCAGAUAACAUCUCAUCUGCAAGGUGAUGUCUCGAUCCGGAGCGAGCUUGGCGUUGGGACGACAGCCUGUGUCACACUCCCGCUGGAGCAGCUACCGCGUCCUGUGGAAGUGGCCCCUACAAUCUCCGAUGAAGAAGACAAGGCGUUCAAAGAACAAGUCGCUGACCUCAAAGGCCUACGUGUGCGGGUUAUAAUGGCGAAUUCUGACUGGCAAACGGCUAUAGUCAACACCUGCCGCGAAUGGCUACAUAUGGAAAUCAUCCCCAACACCCGGGAUACAAGCGUCACGCCGGACCUUGUGCUGUGGUCUCAUAUGGACAUGGCGAGACUGAGCGAAGAUUUUGAAUCAUUUGACAAAACCCCCAAUGUUGUCGUGUGCUCAAACGCUCUACAAGCCUAUCGCCAGUCACACAUGUUCAAGAAGGCUGCAUCUCCUGCCAUCUUUGAGUUCAUUUCUCAACCGACUGGCCCUCGUAAACUUGCCAGAACACUGCAUUCGGCGUACAUGCGCUGGAUGAGCAGCUUCAAUUCACCAGGAGCACCUCUUUCGACUCCAAUGGUGGCCACGAGGCCAAAAGGGCCCAAAAGAACGCCAAGCAUGAUUUCUUCUGCUCGUACCGGUAGGCCGCCAUUGACCAGACCGACAACUGCUGUAUCUCGAAGCAGCGGUUCAAUAUGGACGAGCGACGGUUCUUUUAUAUCGACUAGUUCUCAGACUGAAACGCCUCCAAAGUCCCCGGAAGAGUCUCUAGUCCGGCGGGAUAAGCCCGCCGCGCCUCAGAUCAGCUUUUUGCUCGUUGAUGACAAUUACAUUAACUUGAGAGUGCUCUCCACUUAUAUGAAGAAACGCAACAUCGGAUUCCAAGAGGCGAAGAACGGCAAGGAAGCGGUAGACUACUUUCUUGCACAUCCCGGCGCGUAUGCCUGCAUCCUAAUGGACAUAUCCAUGCCGGUCAUGGAUGGAUUUGAGGCCACGAGGCAAAUUCGAGCACAUGAAGCCCAGAUGGGACUGACGCCUGUCCCCAUCAUUGCGCUCUCGGGAUUAGCAACAGAAGAUGCUCAGCAAGAGGCAUUUGGAAGUGGGAUGGAUGUGUUUCUUACUAAGCCGGUAAAGCUUGGGGCUUUAGGCAACCUGCUCGAGUCUCAUGGAAUUCUCAACAGUGGCUGA